AUGUCGACAAGCGCUGAGUCAGUCGACAAGCAGGCAGAGGGGCUGUCGGUCACCUCUGCGCCGCGUUCCCCCGCUACCUCCAUCGCGCCUUUGCUUCCUGCUCACAUCAGCAUCCGUGCUAGAGAUCACAGCCUUGACGUCCCUUAUCGCAAUCACACCGCCGACAACUCGCUGCUCACCCUCGACGCGCCUAUCACACCACGCACCAGCAGCUUGAUACACUCGCCUGCUCUCAGCAUAGACUCGUCCAGCGACGAGGACGGUAUGACCGCUGUCCAGCACGCGGAAGGCUCCUCCCUCAGCAUCGGCCUCAAGCACCCAAAAGCAGAGGACUCAGCCGUCGAACACAGCAUCGAGACGCACGAUCUUGCCACGCUCUCCUACACGGUCGACGUAGGCGCUCCUGGCUCAAGCCCUCGACGUUACGCCAACUUGGGUAUGUCGAGGCCGCUCUCGUAUCAUCCCGACGAUCAGAAAGUCAAUCCACGCGCUGUUCGCGAUCCCUUCCUCCUCCCAUCUUCGCUCGUCGGCUCGUCCGUCAGUAUGAACAAUUCGACCUCCACGUCGGAGCAGGCCGACUACUUUGCCAACCCAUACUCGUGGGAUACCAUGGACGGGAAACAGGAGCCCGACGAUGAUCUGCAUGAUCCAAACGCACACUCGGAAAGCAAUCACGGCUGGUUGGGAGGAAGCGUGGGAAAGAGGGGCGUGAUCAACAUGGGCGUGCUCGUCCUUCUCAGUUUCGCGCUCGUCUUGCUCUUCGGUGGAUACCCGAUCAUCUCGUACUUUACGCGUCGUCACGAGAGCACAAAGGGCGGCUUCAACCUCGGCGGUGUCAAUGCGUCAGGCCAGAUUGGCAGCAUACCCGGCUUUCGCUCCUCGCUCAUCGACCCUGACACGCCUCUGGACGCGCACACUCGUGUCAGCCCCGACGGCACCAAAACCAUGAAGCUCGUCUUUUCCGACGAGUUCAAUACCCCAGGCCGCUCCUUCUAUCCAGGCGAUGACCCUUUCUGGGAAGCGUCCGAUCUGCACUACUGGGCCACCAACAACUACGAGUGGUACUCUCCCGAGGCCGUCACCACCGCCAACGGCUCGCUCCGCAUCACGCUCGAUCAGGUCGAAACCAACAAUCUCAAUUUUCGCGGCGGCUUCCUCAGCUCGUGGAACAAAUUUUGCUUCACCGGUGGCUACCUCGUUGCCAGUGUUCGAUUGCCCGGUGCGCCCCGUGUCGCCGGUCUGUGGCCUGCGUUCUGGACUAUGGGAAACCUCGGACGUGCAGGUUAUGGCGCCACCACGGACGGCACCUGGCCCUACUCGUACUCUGCCUGCGACGUCGGCACGCUCAUGAAUCAGACCGACUCGAACGGCUUGCCAGCUGCUGCGGCUAUUGGCGGCGAUGUCAUGUGGAACCGGAAGGCCGAAUCGACGGCGCUCUCCUUCCUGCCUGGUCAGCGUCUUUCCGCUUGCACUUGCGCGGGCGAAGACCAUCCUGGACCCAUGCUCAAGGAUGGCACGUUCCGCGGACGUAGCGCACCCGAGAUCGAUGUCUUCGAAGCUCAAGUCGACGGUACGCUCGGUCUGACGGUAUCGCAGUCGAUGCAGACAGCGCCCUUCAACAUGUACUACAACAUCACCAACACCACCGGCCCUGCCUAUGAGUUCUUCCAGGACGAAUCGCAUCUCAACAUGUACAACGGCCAAAACGACCAGCAGGCGCUUAGCGGCAUCACAGUUGCCUCACAGACCGCCGUGCAGCGCGGCGGAGACGGCAGCUUUGCAACGUAUGGCUUCGAGUACGAGCCUGGUCCGCAGGGUUACAUCGACUGGAUUUCGGACGACAAGCGAGCAUGGAAGGUUUACGGCGCCGCUCUAGCUGCCGAUCCCGUCAGCCAGAUCAGCGACCGUCCCAUUCCCGAAGAGCCCAUGUACAUCAUCUUCAACCUGGGUAUCAGCGAGAACUUUGGUUUUCCCGAUUGGCGCCACCUUGUCUUCCCCGCAGUCAUGUCCGUUGACUGGGUCCGAGUCUACCAGGAUCCCGACGCGGAGAACGUCGGCUGCGAUCCCCCCGACUAUCCCACCGCAGACUACAUCGAGCGCCACCGAGCCGCAUACGAUAAUGCGAACUUCACAACGUGGGGAGGCACUCCGGAGCAAGGUGGCUAUGGUGCUCUGUGGCCCAGAAACAAGCUAUAUCCAGAGGCGUGCUCUGCUCCCACCAGUACCCAGCCCGGCUCGCCUGUCAAGCCGUAUCCGCAGGCUAGCCCAGUGCCGUCCAGCCAGAUUGCCGUCGGUCAGAACUAG